UUCGCAGAAAGGAGGGAUUUAGAGGGACUGAAUCAUCAGACGAUAUAUUUGCAAGAUUUGGCAUUAAAUGAUUUAUAUUCUGUUGUCCAUGAGUAUAAAAACAAACUCAGUAACUGAUACAUUUUUUAUUUUGGCAGAUCAGCCCCUCCCACUGCAAUCACAUCAUCAGUGAAGCUCCUCCCACUGCAGUUCAGCAUUAAAUGCUGGAAUAUUCCCAUCAGUUUACAAGUGAAGAUGAGCCUCAAAGCAUCAGGAAGAGCUGAAAUCUACAAAGACUGAGAUGAAACACACUAAGGAUACUCGAGAAGAAACAAAGCUGAUGGAAGAGAACAAGUAGUGAAGUGGAGGAGGAGCAUCAUGACAAACCUGGAGAAAAACUUUUAGGUCACUCAAAGAAUAAAAAGACAUUUUUAAAGAAAGGAAGAGCCAAGAAAUCUUUCACCUGCACUCAGUGUGGAAAGUGUUUCUCAAGGAAAUAUAAUUUUGAGCUUCACAUGAGAGUUCACACUGGAGAGAAACCAUUCACGUGUGAUCAAUGCGGGAAGAGCUUCGCACAAUCAGCAAACCUUAAAAAACACAUGAGAAUUCACACCGGAGAGAAGCCACACACAUGCGAUCAAUGUGGGAAGAGCUUCACAGAAAAAAUACAUCUUAAAGCACACAUGAGAAUCCACACUGGAGAGAAACCGUUCACCUGUGAGAAGUGCCGGAAGAGUUUCACACAGAAAGCACAUCUCAAGCAGCACAUGAUGAUCCACACUGGAGAGAAACCAUACCCAUGUGAUAAAUGUGAGAAGAGUUUCACAGAUUCAUCACACCUUAAGAGUCACAUGAGGAUCCACACCGGAGAGAAGCCGUUCAUGUGUGAUCAGUGUGAAAAGAGAUUCUCAAACAAACAACAUCUUGAGCAUCACAUGGCAGUUCAUACUGGAGUGAAGCCGUUCAUGUGUGAUCAGUGUGGAAAGAGUUUUGUGAACUCUUCAAAACGUGAAAGACACAUGAAAAUCCACACUGGAGAGAAGCCGUUCACAUGUGAUCAGUGCGGAAAUAGCUUUAAAGAAAAAAUAGACUUUAAUAGACACAUGAGGAUCCACACUGGAGAGAAGCCUUACGCAUGCGAUCAAUGUGGAAAGAGUUUCACAGAUUCAGCGUACCUUAAGAUUCACAUGAGGAUCCACACCGGAGAAAAGCCGUUUGUGUGUGAUCAGUGUGAAAAGAGAUUCUCACUUAAAAAUAGACUUAGGAUUCACAUGAGAAUCCACACUGGAGAGAAGCCAUUCAUGUGUGAACAGUGUGAAAAGAGAUUCACAAUCAAAAAAAGGCUUAAAGAGCACAUGAGAAUCCACACCGGAGAGAAGCCGUUUAUGUGUGAUCAGUGUGAAAAAACAUUUGUCUUUUCAUCAAACCUGAAGAAACACCUGACAGUUCAUACGAAGGAGAAGCCACAUUUAUGUGAAUGUGGAAAGAGUUUUUCACUGCCCCAAAGUUUAAAAGUACAUCAGAAAAUUCAUACUGGUGUGAGAGAUUAUAUGUGCUUUGAGUGUGACAAGACUUUUAUUUCAGUGACCCAUUUAAAACAGCACCAGAGGAUUCACACUGGAGAAAAACCUUACAAGUGUUCACACUGUGACAAGAGAUUCAGUCUGUCAAAAACUCUGAAAGCACAUGAGAAGAUCCACAGCAGAUAGAAGCCGCACACGUGUGAUCAGUGCAAAACCAGUUUUGCUUAUAAAAGUCACCUGAAGAUACACAUGAAAAUUCAUGCAGUGGAGAAACCACUUAGUGGAGAAACCAAUUAGUUUCCUAACAGUCAUGAAGAGCGACA